CAACUUAGUUGGCAGUGCUACAGCGAACUAGUGGGAUCGCCGUAAUUUGCGUAGUUCCGCAUGAAGACGAAUUUGGCCGUUAUUGUGGAAAAUUGCUUCAUCCGAAAAAAAGCACUGACAAAGAACAGCAUUGACAAUUGAAUACGAUAUGAUUAGAACUUACGUUCGUGACUCACAUAGCGGGAAUUGUAUCUCAGGCUAAUCGUAAUGAUUGUUUUAUUAAUUUUCCUGUAGAUCUUCUAAAAAGUCAGAAGCUGCUAUUGGGGGGACAGUAGAGUUAACUCUCAUUCCAAGGUCAGUCUGGCGUCGAUCCCUUAAUAAUGAUUUACUAGCAAGGAAGGAACGACAUGACAAAGGCAUGAUGAACUUCUUUAGUAAUGGUGAUGCAGAGUGGAUUCGCAGGGAAAUGUAUGCAGUGUAUGAGAGUAAUCAGAUUCGGUCAGUUGAAUCAUUGCAAUAGAAGUUAACUGCAGUAGAUUUACUGGCAGUCGUGAAAUAUUUAGAAAAAUUGACAAGCGUAGUUGCAUUAAAGAGACGCAACGAUUGGUGCAAUGGAGACAAAAAUAUUUAACUUAAAUUCCAUUUUACACUAUGGCUCGAGAGAAAGUUGGGUGCCAAGUGCUGCUUCUUUCAACCAAAAACAUUAAAGACUUGACAAGUGAACUUUUUGAAAAUUGAAUAAAAAAUUCUCUUGUUCCAAUUAUCCCGCCAGGCAGCGUAAUAAUUAAUGAUAAUUAUAGUUAUCACAGCACUUUAACUAAAAAAAAAAACAACUAUUAGCAGCAAAAAAGAGGUAUUGCAAGAGUUCCUUAGUUAGGAUGACCUUUAUUUUGAAGAUUAUACAAAAAAAAAUAGAAGUAGUUGAAGUUUUAAGCAACAAAUCGGACGAUAAAACGCAUUUCGUAGACGAGGUCACAAAAAAAUGCGGUAAUAUACCUAUAAUCCAAUAAAAAUAAUAUGUGCCGCAAUUAAAAAACGAAGCUAGACGCAAUAAUAUAAACGCAAAAAUGUCCGCCCAAGUAAUUGUUAUAAUUAAAACUCAGUAUGAAUUAGUACCAGAGAGCAGUGAGUUAACCAUGUACGUGAAGCGGAAAAUAAUUAUAAGAAAACUUGGGACAACGAAAAACCAUUAAUUAUACCCUUGGAUACUUUUACCACUUGACCACGUCCGUUUGUCAAUUCUGACGGUCAAGUCAGUGAAUGUAUUCGUGUUGUUUUGCGAAAAUGUACCCAAAAACUAACGGUCGUUGAAAAAAUAUAGAUGCAACACGUUCGGUGAACCCUUUAAGUCACUCGUUUAUAAAACACUCGCUCCGCUCGUGUCAAAUAAACUCCUAAAUCACAUGCCGUUUGCCGCACUUAUUGCAUAAUAUGCUAUUUUUUUCUCCCGUCUGUAAAAUACCUAAAUAGCCAUCGAUCUAGCGUUCGGGAAACGUCACUUUACCACGUCCGUUUUGUUUCCCACGGAUCCGAGCCACUUCGGACAUUUCCGGGAGUUUACAGCACGGGUUUGGGGGCAACCGGAGGUUUUCGGAGGUAUUUCCCACGCCUUGAAUUUUGACGUUUGUCAGUUCUGACUGUCAUGUCAGUGAAUGUAUUCGUGUUGUUUGGCGAAAAGUACCCAAAAACUAACGGUCGUAGAAAAAUUAUAGUAUUCAACAAAUUCGGUAAACUUUUUACGUCACUCGUUUAUUAAACAUUCGCUCCGCUCGUGUCAAAUUAACUUGUGAGUCAAAUACCGUUUACUGCACUUGUUGCAUAAUAUACUAUUAUGUAUAAAUUUUCAAUUAUACAGUACACAAUACAACAGAACGUAUUCAUAUAUUUUGUGAUUCAAUUUCCUUACUACUACGCCGGACCUGUUUGAUUUAUUUUCCGAAAAAUGAAUACGAGCAGAUAAAACGUUAACAAAAAACACCGUGUUUCGAAUUUCGUCUAAAUACCAUAUAAUGAAACGAAACAAAAUGAACGCCCUUUGCAGGGUGAUAAAAGUUCAUAUGAACAUUGGUCCCUAACGGUUUGGUUCUUAACAUGCAGAGUGAAGUUCAUUAUCUCAUUGGUUUCGAAAGUUACGAGAAAAUGGUUAAUACAAAAGUUGUAUUAAUUGUUAGGAUUCACAUUUAAAUUAUAAAGGGGGCUCAAAAAAGAAGAAAAGAAAGAAAAGAAGAAAACAUACAUUUGUUUAACGGGACACCUUAUUUUGAAAUUUUGCUUUGAAUUCGGUUUGAAUUUUUUCAAAAUUAUUAUUAAUACUUAUAUGUGCCUAAAGCUAAUAGUUUUUCCCAUAUUUCAAUUUUUAUAAAAAAAUGCUAGUUUUCACACUUGCAAAAGAAUUAGGAUAGGAGCAACGGAAUUCGAAUUAGAAGCUACAGUGUGUUCAAAAUAAACGAAUAUAUUUGGAUCAUUUGUAAUUGAAAAGUCACCACACAUUAAGUGACUAAUGGUUUUGGUUGUUAUUACUGUGAACAGUACCUUCAUCAGAUUUUUUUUUCAUUUAUAAUAAUAUAUAUAAGUUUACCCUUAGUUCAAAAUCACGGUCUAAAAUUUCUUGAUGUAGUUCCAUAUGGAAGGGAUGGUUUUCUAGUGGUGCGAACUGUAGUUUGGGAUGUAUCGCGUAAGCUAGCUACUUGAAGGCAUUAUUUGGGGAUUAUCUUGAACUUCUUUUUCCUCAGUGGCAGCAUUCCGGUUUAAUACUUUUGUUUUUCAUAUUCGAUACUGCCACUAACAUCAAACAGUUCCAUUUAACACUGAAGUCUCUUCUUUAUAUGCCUAUUAAAGAAAUUCCCCUUGUGAAGUAUUUCUGAUAAGAAACUAUUAUGUAUAAACCCCUAUCAAUUAAGUCAGCUUUAGGAACAUUCAUGCUUAGUUUCUUUUUUAAUUUAUUGACACCGCAAUAAAUUUUAUGAAGUUAUUUAUUCAGUUGUCAGUUAAAAUUUUGUCAUUUUGUCAUGGCCAACUAAUGCUAUAGCAAUAAUCUUAGACAGAAAGAAGUGUAAAUAUUGAAAAAGUUAAAAUAUAUCGCCAAGUAUUAAAAACAGGUAUAUCACAUGCUUAAGAAAAGUUGUAGGUCUUUCAGAAAAAAUAAUAUAUGUGAUGUGCCAUUUAUUCAAGAUUUUUCAAUUUAAAAUGAUCCAAAUAUAUUCGUUUAGCAUCUAAAUCGAAUUUCGUUGCACGUGAAUUUUACUUCAUCUUCGAAUGAGGAAUAUAAUAGUAUUAAAAAGUUGAAUAAUUUUAAAAGGAAUUCAAAAUAAGAUUUAAAAAUAAUAGGGUGAUCCAUUACAAAAAUUGUAUAUUUUAUUCGUCACGCUCUUUUGAACCCCCUGUGAUCUUUAAAAUAAUUUUCAUUUUAGGAUUAUUCCAUCUUUUCCAUUUACCAUUUGCUUAUAACUUUUGAACCAAUGAGAUAAUAAACUUUACUCUAUCAUUGACUCACCCAGUAUUGGUAUUAAAGGGGGGCGCCCUGGCCACCAAAUGGGCCCGUUGUGCCCCCAGGCCGCUCUUGAGGGCGUCCAGAAUGCCGCCCCUCCUAUAAAAGGUCAGCAACUCCUUUGACCCAAUACCGUGCACCGAGUCCGGAUCGAUCAGGGCCGUUCCGAAGACUCCCAAUCUUGCCCAGGUCAAAGCAGGGCACUCGGUGAGCAAAUGAUACGGGGUCUCCUCCCCUUCCACUCCGGGUCGUCUCCAAUGCCUAGCAAGCCUAGCAAUGCCUCCUAAGCCUGCAAUGUCCUGUGUAGGCCCCUGUUAGUGCUCUACACUCCCUUCUGGUCAGUCUUAGCAGCUCCCUGGUCCGAGGGAGGGCGGGCCAAUCCAUGACUCACCCAGUGCCACAAAAACCAAGGAUUUGCGAACCAAUGUGUUCAUAUGAACUUUUAUGUUAAAAUUACUCAAAGAUUCAACCUCUAAAGUUUGUACACGCACUUAAAUACCAGUCGGUAUAGUGUUUUUGUUACAGUAAAAGCUCUUUAUUCGCGGGAUAUAUGUUUCAUAGACAUGCCGCGAAUACCGAAACCGUGAAUAUGGGACCAUAAUUUUUAUGGUAUUAUAGGGGAUACAUUCCUAGAGGACAAAAUUAAAAAAAAAAUCAAAUAUAUAAAAAAAUUAACUUAUCUAAUUGAUUGAAGUUUUUAAAUAUUUUGAUUAAUUAUCUUAAGGCAUAGAUAAUGGUUUGAAGAAUUUUCGCUUGGUUGGCAGUUUUUAAAAGCUUUUUCAAUUGAGACUGAUAGGCAGCAGUGGCAUUAACAAUUUGCCUCUUAAAAAUAAAACUUGUUCCUUAGACGGAUCAAUGUUCAUAAAGAAAUCGCGAAGUUCAUUUGCCAUUCUUACACCUUCACUAAGAUUUUUCAAAUUAAGUGACACGUUUCCAGUGCUUGUUGAAGCCUCUUCUUGAAUAGUCUGUGAAUUUAACAUUUCCUCCAAGUCGGUUUCAGUCAAAUCUUCAUCUUGCAAUUCAAGCAAUUCCUGAAUGUCACUUGACUCUCUCUGUUCAAAUCCAUCUCGUUCUGUUCCAUUCGCGAUUUCGGCUAUGUUUGCAGUCAAAGUUUGAACUUGCACAGAUUUAUCGUCAUUUUCCGCAGUGCAGGACACAGUUCUCUCCAGCAUGACUUCAAUGCGAGUCAGUUCUUCCAAUGAUUGUUUUAGGUUUACGAUGUCAAAUUUCUUCCCGCAUUCCAUAACAUUCAUAUUAGGAUUACAUUACAUUUUGUAAUAGAGCUGGAUUAUGCAUUGGUCCAUAGGUUGAAGCAAAGCCAACGUCUUGGGAGGUAAAAAUGUCACUUUUAUAUUUGGAUGCAUAGUUUCAAGUUCGUGAGGAUGACCUGGUGCAAUGUGCAACACUGGAAAUGCUUUAAAGUCUAAACUCGUUUUUUUUUUAAAUAAGUUUCAAAUCCAGAAACUAACCAAAGCACUUCCGGAACCAGUCUCCAAAAAUAGCGCUCGUAGCUCAAGCUUUCUUAUUAGCGCUGCAAAACUCUGACAGAUUGUCUUUUUUUCGAUUUUUUAAAGCUGGAGGAUUAAACGAUCUGUGCAACAUAAGCGGCUUAAUGACACAAUCUUCAGAUGCAUUAGAACAUAGGAGUAGUGUAACUCUAUCUUUUGUUGCCUUAAAUCCAGGAGCAGACUUUUUGCUUUUAGAAAUGAAUGCUUUAUUCUCUUCCAAAACAGUGCAGUUUCGUCUGCAUUAAAUACUUGCUUAGGUUUGUAUUCUCCAUCUGCUACUAGGUUUGCAAAUUCUUCUGGAUAUUGUUCUACUGCAGUAGUGUCUGCAGAUGCCGCUUCUCCAACGAUUGUAAUGUUAUGCAAUGAUUGUCUCGCCAUAAAUUUAUUGAACCAACCUUCCGAUGCUUGAAAUUCUCCAUCUUUACAUACAUUCACUAGUAUAACUAUCAGGUUCUUAAAGAUGCUUCUUCCGGACCAUUGAACCCGUCAGGGGGUACCUAUUGGAAUCCUUUUAUUAUUAUGUAUGUACUUAUUAGAUCCGCGAGUAAAGACAUUUUUAGCGGCGAAUAGGUAUAGUAAUUAGGUCUCAUUUGAUUCGCGAAUAGUGAAAACGAGAAUAAAGAAAGCACAAAUAAGGAGCUUUUACUGUAUAUAAAAGAAAACGUUUGUUUCUAAUUUUAUAACACCACUAUUGCAUGGGACUCUCUCGAACUACAUCAAAGCUUAUAAUUCCUAAUUAACACUGUAAUAAUUAAUACAUAAUUAAGUUCUCGUAAAAUGCUAGGAAAACGAGGCUACUUUUUCGAGAACGCGGCAACGUCGCAUAGUUGGAGACUGUCUCGAUCGAUAUUAGAUGGUCGCCGCUUAUGUAAAUAAUCAAAUUUUCGGAGUGUUUCGUUUUCUUAAAUCGCUUACAUCCACACCGUGAAUCCGCUCUAUAGAAACAAUUAUUCUGACGUCGCUUUAAACAAUGUACAGAAAAAAUUAGCGCUACAAAAAUGACGCUGGAAUUGCGCUUGUGCCGCGCUUCCGUCGACGAAAGAGAAAGCGAUUUUAAGAAAGUGUGUUGCCGACCACAACGUUUUACGAUUUCAGUCCGAUCUGAGAGACAGCCGCUCUUCCUUACAAAACAAGUUAAAUGCGUCCCACAAAUAAACGAUGAUAAUCGUGAUUGGAUGUUUGGUGAUCGUCGGGGUCGCGGCUGUGGCGGUCGUGAGGUCGAAGAAACCGCUUAAACUCGUACUAGCAGAAGCCAAAUAUGAAAUACUCUACAAUAUAGUCGGUACAAGAUACAUGAUGCAGGAUUUUCUAAUGAGGAAGGAUAAUAAAGUGGUGUUGCCAAUGAGGUCGGGAAAGGUGGCGGUCAUAACAGGAGGUACCAGAGGCAUCGGAUUGGAAGUUAUAAAGCUACUGCUCAAAUGUGAUAUUAACGUAAUUAUAGGUUGUAGAAAUGUGGCACAGGGUGAGACGUUGCUGAAAAGCUUUAGAGAUGAAGAAAUUUCCUCCGGAACCAUAGAAGUAUAUUCGUUAGAUAUAAGCGUAAUGGAAUCUGUGAAAGGUUUUGCCAGAAUCGUUAAAGAGAAGCACAAUAAGAUAGAUUAUCUUAUAAAUAACGCCGGAAUAAUGUUUGGACCGUACGUGGAAACCAGAGACGGUUACGAGUCCCAAUUGGCGACCAAUUAUCUGGGACACUUCUUACUGACGGACCUUCUACUGCCACAACUGAAAGCUUCGGGAGACGGACAUUCGUUUUCGCGAAUAAUAAACGUAUCCUCUUGCGCUCACAUUAUCGGAGACAUCAAGUUCGAGGAUAUCAACUCUAGGAAUCAAUAUAUACCCGCCGAAGCUUAUGCGCAAUCGAAAUUGGCCCAGGUACUGUUUACGAACCAUUUAAAUAGAUUGUUAAAAGAAGAGAAAGCUCACGUGCAGGUUCAUGCGGUUCAUCCGGGAAUAGUGAACACGGAAUUGUUCAAUGGAACACAUCUGAAAAGCAUCGCUCCUUGGGCGCCGAAAUUAUUGUUCAAGACUGCUGAACAAGGAGCCGCGCCCAUUCUUCACGCUUGUGUAUCGCCCGCGCUUGAAGGUACAGGUGGUACCUAUAUCCAUAAUUGUAAAGUAGUGCCGCCCAGCGCACUCGCGCAGUCCACGGAACUUCAAGAAAAGCUAUUCAGUUUUACCAAAGACUUGUUGGGUAUAAAGCAAUUUGGGGUGGAGCCCUAAACCAGCCAAAUAAAAAGUUUAUCACUCUUAUUUAUUUAUAAUAUCUAUUAAGUUGUAGGCUUUAAUUGUUGGGUAAAUACACCACAUUGAUUAUACUUAUCAAUAUUUUUU